GCUCCACUGCCACUUCCCUCUCCCACUGUUGUCUAUUUAACUCUCUCCAUCUGUUUUUUCCCUACCACAGCUCAAACAAGAUUCAAUCACACAAACAAACAUUCUUACAGCAAAUGCAUGUUAGUUUUGUAGAGCAAGUGAAUUAGGCAAGACCAGUGAAGCAGAGUUUCCUAAACCAUACUCUUUCCUUACCAGUUACCAUACUUUUUGCAAGACAGAUAAGAGAGAGUUAUGGAUGCCAUACCAGAGAUGCUACAAUGGCUUAACUCGUCCGCUGAUGGAACGGAUAUCAGUGUGCUUCAACGCCAACGAGCCCGAAUCAACUGGCAGCAGCAACAACAACAGAGUUUCUUUAGUGGAAAUGAUCAGCAUGAUAUGCAUUCUAUACCAGAAGCUGAGGCUGCACAGUUCCAGACAUUGAUGAAUGGGGAUGCGGUUUUUGGGAGAUUUGGGAAUAGAGCAGUGAAGCCUGACCCUGGAAUGGAAAUUGAGUGGCCGGGUUAUGGAAAGAUGAUUGGAGACGAUCCUUUGGGAUUAGGAGCUUGUGGAUAUGGAAACAUUAAUGAUGUUGAAUUGAAUUAUGCAAUUUCAAGGACUACUAGUUGCCCACCGGUAGUUGCAGCUGCUGCUGGUAUAGCAGAAACACCGGGAAGCUAUACUCAAGGGAGAGAACCAGGUUUGAACGGACAAAUGAGUGCUGCAGUUUGUAGAGAGAGCUUCAAGAAGAGGAAAGCUGAUGAUAAUGAUGACCAAAAGGGGCAAUUUCAGAUAACUGAAACACAGGGAGUCGAUGAAAAAAAGAGCAAAGGAUGUACGGAAGACACAGGUUCAAAGAUAACGACAGAACAGAAUAGCAACAGAAGUAGUAAAAAACAUAGCAAUUGUAAUAACAAAGGAGCAUCUAAUGACACCACAAAUGAGAAUUCCAAGAAUUCGGAGGUUAAAAAGCCUGACUACAUUCAUGUUCGUGCACGUCGUGGUCAAGCAACAGAUAGCCAUAGCUUAGCUGAAAGAGUCAGGCGGGAAAAAAUCAGCGAGAGGAUGAAAUACCUGCAAGAUUUAGUACCAGGCUGCAAUAAGAUUACAGGAAAAGCAGGAAUGCUGGAUGAAAUAAUCAAUUAUGUGCAGUCCCUGCAAAAACAAGUAGAGUUCUUGUCGAUGAAAUUAUCUACUGUCAAUCCAAGACUCGACUUCAAUGUUGAUACUAUCUUCAAUGAAAAGAUGUUUCCUGCUUGUACAUCUAACUUUCCCACCAUUGGGCUAUUGCCAGAAGCAGCUACUUCUGCAUAUCUUCAGGUCAAUCCACUACAACAUGUGGCUGCAUGCUCUGGACUUGAGUUGGAGACAAACGCUGCUAGUAUCGCACUUAAGAGAACAGCUAGCGCUCCUGUAUCCAUAGCAGAUACAUUUUUCAACCCACCCUGUUUCAACCAAUUACAACACUCCGGAACAUGGGAUCUGGAGCUGCAGAAUCUGUAUAACCCAGAAUUUCAACACGGCAGAUCAAUAAAUUAUCCAUCUCAACUAUUUACAGGUUCCAUUGACAGCAGCAAUUUAAGGAUGGAGAUGUGAAACAGAACUAUGUAUACAAUUCAUAUCAUAAUUUAAUCCCAAGUUUUUCUAUUGAAAUUCAAAUUUUUGCUACUUUAAGAACAAGCAUAAAUAUAUGUAAACUCAAAAUGUAAAUAUAAUAAUCUGCAGAGGAAUACUACAUCUCAAUUACGACA